AAUGCCUCGAUGCAGGGAAAAGCAUGAGAAAGGAACAAGAUGUAAUAUGUGUUGUACGAUUAAGGAAUCGAUGAAUUUUAUCCAAGUGGUUAUGUGGUAUGCGUGAACACAUGGAAAAAGUAAUUAUAUCUGCCGGUCUGAGAUUCGAUGGAAAAGAUAUCGUGAUACCGUGUUGUGUGAAAUGGUGAAUAAUGGGACUGGAAUUGCUGUUAUGAUCACUAAUUUCAACAUGUCAGUGGCAAAUGGCGCCGCGCUCAUUAAACCUCGACGCUACGCGAUCCUGAAACAAAAUUCACGGAUAUAAAAGAGAAAGCGACAUGUUAUCAAUAAACAGCUAUAAAUGGCAGAGAGUGCACGUCUGCAAGAAGGUCACCAUAAAUGUACAAAAUGACUUCCCUCCAUUCACCAGUACAUUGCGGCGUAUUUGAGAAUGGUAGCUUGCACAUUCCAGGACAUAUUCGCAUUGAUGGUGGCAACGUUAACCUGGAUACUAGUAUGGAUUACUUAGUUGAUUGCGCAACAUCGACACAAACAUCGAGGAAGCUUUACAGUUGACGCAUCCCUUAAUUCCGUAAAUGAGAAGUUCGUACAUAAAUUUCCGUGGCAGUUUCUGCGCAGGAAAGCAAGUUUAUAAUCGCGUGUGCGUACGUCCGUGCCGCAUGUAUCUACGUUGGUUGCACAUGAAGGACAAGAAGAACAGUUUACGAAGAGAUUGAAACUCAGAGGAGGAUGCUUUGGCUCAAUACGUGACACAUAAAAAAAAAAAAAUACAUACAAGAAUAACAAUAUUUCUAAAUAUAUGCGAAAAAGAAAUAGUAGUUGGAGGGAAAGGGAGAGAGAGAGAGAGAGAGAGAGAGAAAGAGAGAGAGGGAGAGAGAGAGAGGGAGAAGGAAGAGGGAGGGAGAGAGAGAACGAACGCGACAGAAGAGGGGAAUCACAAAGGGGAGAACUUUCAUUAAGAGUAUUCUCAUCGAAUCGCAAGUAAAUACUUUCGAGCAACAAAAUAGACAUACCCGAAUAAUGAAAUAAAAACGUGGAUAUAGUUGCAAAAUAUUUCUAUUACAACGACGAAUGCGAAACGUUUUGAAUAGCGAGAGAUGGAAGGAAAAAUUUUUACGGAAAUUAGUUGGAAGCGAAACAAAUGAAUUCUAAACGAUAAAAAAAAAAAAAUGAAAGAUAAAUAAGAAACUUUUGUAUGUAAAACAGAUUGUUUUAAGUAACAGGAGAAUUAUACAAUCUCAACAAACGGACGGAUUUUACUAAAACUCGAAGUGGUUCGAAGAGAAAAAAUAGGAAUGAUAAAUGUCAACGUAAUGGAAGAAUCUAUAGUUGAAAUGAAAAUGGGUUAAAAGAAAACCAUUGAAAACCAAAGACGAAGUUUUUAAUCGAGAGUAUUAAAGGAGAACAGGAACGAAGAAACGGGAAGGUUCAUUUGAGUUUUUUGGAAGGGAACAAAAUUCAGGACGAAUAAAAACAUUGUUUCGAGAAGGUGAACUCUUCAGACAUGAAUGUAACUUCAAUUGUGGAUAUUUCCGGAAACGAGAGUUACAAUGCGACCAAUGGUCUUGACUGUGGUGGCGAACCACAUUCUUACGGACUAUGGGAGCGCGUGCUUAUUGUGAUCGUUGCAGUUAUUCUCAGCGUGAUGACUGUCGUUGGAAACGUCAUGGUGAUGAUUUCGUUCAAAAUCGACAAACAGUUGCAAACUACCUCCAAUUAUUUCCUGUUCAGUUUAGCAAUUGCAGAUUUUGCAAUCGGUCUAAUUUCAAUGCCCCUUUUCACGGUGUACACUGUGCUUGGUUAUUGGCCAUUGGGGUCGCAUGUCUGCGACACAUGGUUAGCGUUAGAUUAUUUGGCAAGCAACGCAUCGGUUUUAAAUCUACUGAUCAUCAGUUUCGACAGAUAUUUCUCUAUAAUGUGGCCUCUUACCUAUCGUGCCAAGAGAACAACUUCCAAGGCAGCCAUUAUGAUCGCUUCUGCAUGGGGAAUAUCGUUACUGCUGUGGCCACCAUGGAUUUAUGCUUGGCCAUAUAUCGAGGGACAAAGAACAGUACCCGAUAAUGCCUGCUACAUACAAUUCAUCGAGACAAAUCAUUACAUCACGUUUGGUACAGCAAUUGCCGCAUUUUAUGUCCCCGUUUCCGUGAUGUGUAUUCUAUACUGGAGGAUAUGGAAAAAGACCACGAACCGCCAGAAGAUUUUACCGUAUUUGCAGGCAGGAAAACAGGACGCCAUCAAACAUAACCCAUCUAGCGCAUUAAAUAUGGACGACUAUAAAAGGCCCAGAAGCGAGUCCAGCACAGCCGAUGACAUGAAUUCGACACAUAUCGCAGCCUCGUACCUUGAGAAACAUUAUCCUCAAUAUAAAACAAAAUACAGACCCUUCUCGUGGAUGUGGCUUAAAAUGUGGUGCAUUGCAUGGUGGCUGAGCGGCCGUGACGACGACGACGACGACGACGACGAUGACGACGACGACGAGGACGAUAUCGAAGGCGCAGAGAGCAGUCGUACGGGACAAGGCUACGACGAAACUAUAACACCAUUAUCAGCAGAAACUCCUCUAACUGGUACGGUGUCUCGAUCUGCUUCCAUAAGCGGAAUUCAAUCCACAACACUAACUACUGACAAAAGCAUCAGUAUCGCCGACAACCACGAAUACAGAAAGUCUGAGAAAAUCGGUGAAUUGUCAACAACAAGUAUCUCCAGCGAUACUGUCUACACAAUUCUGAUUCAGCUUCCGAAAAGGGACAGCAGCGGUAUAGGGAAGUACACGGAGGGGCUGAGCAUAAAGAUGUAUCACGACGACAUCGUGCCCAGCCAGCUUCACAGCAUGAUAGAGGACGUAGACGAGAAGAACGGUAAAAUAUUUCGGCUCGAGAGCACGCUGUCGAGCCCGCCCUCGAUAAUCAGGAGGCCGUCGCAAAUGCCCGACAUAAAAAUACCAUUGAACACGAAGUACAUACCGAAACCAGUAGCGAGUAAGGAAACGGCCAGCAAGACCGACGACAACAAGAAAAACAAGAUCCAGGAGAAGAAAAGUGAACGAAAAGCCGCAAAGACUUUGUCAGCCAUCUUGUUGGCGUUCAUCAUCACUUGGGCGCCGUACAACAUUCUUGUCCUGAUAAAAUCGAUCACGCAAUGCUCGUGGUACAUUCCGCAGGAACUCUGGGACUUUUUCUAUUACCUUUGUUACAUUAACAGUACUGUGAACCCGAUGUGUUACGCUCUCUGUAACGCGGCUUUCCGAAGAACCUACGUGAGAAUCCUGAAGUGUAAGUGGCAUAACAGGAACAGGACUGGAGUGUUCAAGCAACACAAUUUAAAAAACAAUUCAAUUUAAAAAGAGAAAAAGGGGAAAAAAGAGAAACUUGAUAAAACACAUUUUACGCACGAUACGUGCACUUUGUACAGGGUGUAACAUAAUAUGUGGGAACCGAUUCAGACAUGGACAUCUGAUUGAUACGGUACAAUAAGUUCCUAUGAACGAGUGCCUGGUUUCGCGCUGUUUUCAAAUUGUAACUUCGCGUUUCAGGAAUAUAAUAGUUCUACUGUUUAUGUCAGCUCGAAAUUUAAAUUGAAGGGUCUGCUGUAAUAAGGAGAUGUGAAUUUGUUCCAGUAAAACAACGAAGAGGGGGCCGUGUAAAAUCACUGUUUAAUUUUAUUUAAUCAAAUACCUCUUUAAGAAACCCUUUGGAGAAACUUUUACACCGAGCUUGAAAUCUGUAUCCUGUUUAUUUUAUUAUAAGACUGGAGCUGCCUCCAUUUUGUACCAAAAAAGAGAGCAAACUUUAUCGUAAUCGCUGCACAAUUUGAUUUUUGAGAAACGGUGGUAGAAAAAAUAAACUAUCCGUUAUCUGAUCAACAAGACCACGUACUCCGAAACAAAGGAAUGAAUUUAAUUUGCAAAUGUGUGAAUUUGCAAUCAAAAAGCAUUACUAACAAUAAGUUUAAUGAUUUCAUCCGUGUAAACGUAUUAACAGAAUACAAAGCUCUCAUUGGACACAAGACGAAAUCGGACACACGUUUAUACGAAGCGAUUUUACUAUUUCAACGUAACAAAAUUAAAUCUACGAAUCCGAAUCCCAUAUAUCGUGUUACAUACUAUAUAUUAUUAAAUCAUUAGAAGAACAUCAUUCUUUCGAUUUGAAAUUAAUUUUAUUUUUUUUUUAAGUGAACGCGACUACACGAAUACGUGUGUAUAUGAUUGUGUUCGACGAAGAAUAUUCCUUGAAUAAUAAUAGAUAUUUAUUUUUACGUCGCUGAGAUGAAACUUAAUAACGACUGACGAGAGCAACUUAAAAGCAAAAGGAAUUUUUAUUCUAAAUCGCCGGAGGGAUCGAUGGAAGUUCUGAAAAAAAAAAAAACAUUUGCAAUUACGACAGCUCGGAUUUUCAUAUUUGAGGCAAUGCAACACGAAUACUGCCAUGAAAAUAACCUUUAUAAAUAUACUUCUGAACCGUACAAAGGAAAGAUUAAAAAAAAAAAAAAAAAAAAAAAGGGAAAGAUAUUCAAAACGUUCUCAACCGUACUGAAUUAUUAUGGUUCGACUGCGACGGUGAUUGUGCGACAGUAUGAGAUCGCGUCGUUUUACCGUGAAAUGAACGUCUUUCCACGGUUCGCGGGAUAAAGUCAGCUGAAAUCAUUGAAUAAUUCACGAAUCGAUUGGAUAAACAAUUACGUGUACUCAUAAUCAAAUAUCAGACGAAUUAGGCAAAUUGCAAGAAGUUAAUAUAACAAAUAUAAAUUUACCAUUUUCAAAUUAUUUGCUACUGCGAUACUCUGUGAAUUUAUUCGAUUUAUUCGAACCUUCUGAUAAAAAAAAUUAGAAAAUAGAGUAAUUCGAUUUUUUUCAGGAGUUUGAUAUCGUUAUCGUUUACUUUCGUGAAUAAAACUGAUAACAAUUCCUUGUUGUCUAUGGAAAAUAAAAAAAACUGACUCGGUCCCGUGAACAGUCUAUAAAGCUACACCGCACAAAAAGAAAUCUAUUCGAAGUCUAAAGAAAAGUAAUGACAAGCAUUUUUUGUGCGUUUUAUUAAAAAGAAAAGAAAAAAAAAAAGAUAUAACGCACUCGAUGUACAUUUUAAAUAGUAGCCCAGAUUGUAAAUGAGUGUUUUAAGUGUUAUUAGACAUGGCGAACCAAACAAGCGCUAUUACAAAUAGAAGAUGUCGCAGUAUAAAGGCAACAAACUGAGUGACAAGCGCCACAUCAAUUUUUUCGUAUUAAGUAACAUUGUAAUCACACGUGCCAAAUGAAGCUUUAAGGUAUCGAUGAAUUUAAGGAGUUAAUUUAAUAAAUGUGUCCUUUCAAACGUUUACUUGCUGCAUUGUAUUAAAUCGAUUAAAGUGCCUGCCAAUAUAUAAGCAGGGUUUUAAAAUAACACGGAAUUUAGUAGGUUUCCUUUUUAAAUUACAAAAGUGUAUUAUAGAAUCUUUGACUGUUUUACAUUGAAUUUAAUACAAAGAAAUGAUCAUUUGUAUUUCGAAUGUCAGAAAAAGUUCUAAGAAUGAAAGGAAAUCAAAAUUUUUAGAAACAUUACCAAAUCCAUUAAUAAAACAUUGCAUUCUGAAAUUAAGUUCAAUUGUCGUUAAUACGCUCGUUGUUUUGGAUCUCUCUAUUUUAUUUUCUAUUGCAUUCUUCGCUGAAAUAAUACGUAACUUUAUAAUAUUUAAAAUUUUUCUGUGGAAUUUCGGGAACCCCCAGAUAUUUAUCACAAAUUAAGAAUCGCUGAUACAACAAACUGUUCCAUAAUUCAUGGUGUAAAUUGAACCAGAUUCUACGGCUCGAAAUAAAACAAAAAUCAAGGAUAACGAUGACCCAAUUUUUAUCAUGAAUUACGAAACACUCUGCAUGUAAAAUGAAAUUCUCAACCAUUAGUUUUAUAUUCUACAAAAAUGUAUAGUCAUCUACGACUAGUCAUUACUUUUAUUCAAACAGUUUUAACCCUGCCAUCGUCGCAUCAAGGGAACAAUAAGUUAUUGAUUAUAAAACAUAUAAAUAGUAAUAAUGUUACUGUUACGUUUAAUUUAUUAUCUUUUCCAAACACUACAUACGUUUGUAUGUAUCUAGAGAAUAGUACGUUAUAAUUAAUUGCUCAAUAAUUAACAAAGUGAUUAAUAUUAAAUAUAAAUUUACCUAAAUCAUCGUUUAGGUAAUUAUUUUGUACACGAUCGAACGGCUACAUGAAAUUUUGAUAAUUAAAAGCUAGUAGCCAAGAAACGCGUACUUCGCAAAUAUGUUUGCACGGUCAUGUUUAUUAACAGCAUAAUUUUAAUAAGACUAUAGAUAGUUUUACCGCUAAAUACUUGAAACUGGUUCCGUGAUAUCAAAUAUUUCAAUGAAAUAAUUUCACUUAUAUUCAAAUUUUGAUUUCAACAGCAUCGUAACAGCAUUCUUAAUGUGCUGGAAGAUACUUUAAUUUAUAUUGCAUAAUUUUUUUACAAUUUUUGUAACUGUACUUAUUUUCUAGCUGACAAUAAUUCCACAAACUGUUAAGCACAAAAUCGUAAGGUGGAUGUUUCGUCGAAAGGAAUUGAAUGGAAAUGAAAUUACUAUUCGUAACUAUAAUGCGUGUAUAUUAAAUAUUGGAAACUGUUUAUCAUUAAAUUGCACGGAAUGUGCUAAAAAAAUGUCAUUAAACAAUACCGUCUCAGUAAUUUCAUACACUUAUACACCAUCUAAAAUUAAUAAAAACGAUCUCGAAUUACAGAAAAAUUGGCAAAAAAAAAAAAACCUCUCGUUCAUUCGAUAUACCUUUAUGCUUCAUUUAUAAAUAAUACACUCGGUGUCGAUUCUACGUAAAUCCUUUUUUACAAAAGUAACACCGAAGUUUACCAAAUUUUUAAGUUACUACGUCGAUGUAUAUGAACAUGAUCAUUUAAGUGACAAAACUUUUGAAAGUACACACUUAUUAUUAAAGCAUACGAUCAACUUCCCAGCAGUCGCGUUGUUGUAAAGAACGCAUUAAUUAUCUAGAUUCUCGAAGAAGAAUAACGUUAUUCUAAAGUCAUAAUGAAUUCAACUAUUUCGUAGAACUUUUUAAGUUCACUUUCUUUGUUUUCAACCAUUAUUUCUAAUGUGUAUAUUUAUAAAUACUUAUGUAACAUGCUCAAUAUAUAUUUAUAAAUACAUAUGUGACAUACUAAUCGUGAUACGUUCAUUGUCACGACUGCUGAAGAGUUGUCCUAUAUAAGACACUUGUACAUGUAUGUAAAUGUGGGCAAUUGUUGCCCGUCGAAACGCAGGAUUCUUGCAGAGAAAAAUUACCGCGCAAACGAAUUGCGUACAAUUUUAUGUACAGAAAAGUCUGAUCGUAAGAUGUUCUUUAAAAAUUUUUCUCUGUAAAUAGAAUCGUAUAUUAAAAUUUCAUACAAAUUGAUUACAUUUAUUGAUUAUCGAGGCGUACAGUUUCUUUAAAAACGAAGAUAUUCCUCUUUACAAUUAACAAAAAAAAAAAACUGAUUGAGAAUUUUUUCUUGCGUCGAAAGAAAAACACCAUAAAUUUUAUAAUCUUAUCGUACAAAGAAAAUCUCGCGAAAACGUUUUGCACGCGAACGGGAUAAUCGUAUAAGUCGGAAAAACGUACAUUCUCGUUUCGCGUAGCGGAUUUAUACAGUCUUCUUCCAAAGGCGAAAAUGAAUUUUCCAAAAAAAAAAGAGAAAAGUUACGCACAUAAACAUGAUGGAUAAUUUAAUAUAUUACGCGUGCAUAUUCGUGCGUGUACUUGCACGUACGAUACGUAGAACGAAUAUGUACCGUAAGGUGUGCCAAUUUCUUCAGUUUCCAUCGGUUCAACUUGGAUAGAACGUUUGUACAUUCCCUAUAAAACUGCAGUGUCUAACUUUUCUAUUUUCUGCAUAUAGGUGUUCUCUUGUUUAUAUUAAAUGUCUACUUAACUUUUGUACAAAGGUUUUUCAAUUUUCGCUAUUAAAUAUACGUGAAAUUUUACAGUGACCUUAUGAUUUCAUAAAACUAUUCUAAUUACAUUUACUUUGCUUACGAGCAAACGCCAUAGCCUUCGUAAUUUUGCAAGGACUCAUCGAAUCACAGUUUUUGUAAAUUGAAAUCAAAUUUUUUUUACGAACGAUUUUUGCAUCAACUUGUUACCGCCAUGUUAUUUAAUUUCAAUUACUGAUAAUUAAGGGCACGCGAAUAAUCGAAGUCACGGAUUCGGGCUGCAAGAAAUUGGAAAUCUUGCAAAACUUUAAGAAGUAAUUUUAUUCAAAACUUCUUUAUCUUGUUCCCGUUUGAAAAGCUACUCAUCUACAUUUUUAAACGCCAUUUAUAUCUG